CGCCGGGAGCUCUGCGGCGGAGCCUCGCGGAGCGCGGAGGAGGCAUGUGGUGGCCGGUGAGAGGUGUGAGAGAAGGUCCCCUUCCCAGGCACACCAGGUGCGACUGUGCCACUUCCACUCCGCUCUGCUGCGGAGCAGGCAGGAGCCCUGGCCAUGCCCUGCCACGUUCUUCAGGAGAAAUUUCAGGGGUCCAUCUGCAAGAGUCUCGAGACCUACACUGCUAUGGAGGAGGGUACUCCCCAUCACCGUGGUGGGGGUGCCCCUGCUCCUUGGAGUACGCUAUUUCACAGCAGAGGCACAGGAGAAGAAGAAACUGCGGCUUGCGGUGGAUGGCCUCGGGCGCUUCGGCAGGUCCCUGAGGAUUGGCCUAAACAUCUCCCUGGACUACUGGUGGUGCACAAAUGUCGUCUUGCGAGGAGUGGAAGAGAACAGCCCGGAGUAUGCAGAAGUGAUGUCUGCGUGUCACCAGCGGGCAGCUGAUGCACUGGUGGAGGGGGCCAUACGCAACGGGGGACUGUAUGUGAAGCUGGGCCAGGGGCUGUGCUCCUUCAAUCACCUGCUGCCACCCGAGUACAUCAAGACACUGCGUGUGCUGGAAGACAAAGCCCUCACGCGGAACCUCGGGGAGGUGGAUGAGUUGUUCCUUGAAGACUUCCGUGCACUGCCACAUGAGCUUUUCCAGGAGUUUGACUACCAGCCAAUUGCUGCUGCGAGCCUGGCCCAGGUGCACCGUGCCAAGUUGCACAACGGCACUGCAGUAGCUGUGAAGGUGCAAUAUGCUGACCUGCAGGACCGCUUUGACGGGGAUAUACAUACACUGGAACUCCUGCUGCAGCUUGUGGGGCUCAUGCAUCCCAGCUUCAGCUUCAGCUGGGUCUUGCAGGACCUGAAGGGGACCCUGGCCCAGGAGCUGGACUUCGAGAAUGAGGGCCACAAUGCUGAGCGCUGUGCACGGGAGCUGAAGCACUUCAACUAUGUUGUGGUCCCUCGUGUACACUGGGACAAGUCCAGCAAGCGCGUGCUGACGGCCGACUUCUGUGAUGGCUGCAAGAUCAAUGAUGUGGAGGCCAUCAAGAGCCAGGGGCUGGCAAUGCAGGAUGUAGCAAAGAAGCUGAUCCAGGCUUUUGCAGAGCAGAUAUUCUACACUGGUUUCAUCCACUCAGACCCCCACCCUGGCAAUGUUCUGGUGCGGAGAGGUUCGGACGGGAAGGCAGAGCUGGUGCUGCUGGACCAUGGGCUCUACCAGUUCCUGGAUGAGAAGGACCGGUCAGCCCUAUGCCAGCUGUGGCGAGCCAUCAUCCUGAGGGAUGACGCUGCGAUGAAGGCGCACGCAGCUGCACUUGGAGUGCAAGAUUACUUGCUGUUCUCUGAGGUGCUCAUGCAGCGGCCGGUGCGCCUGGGCCAGCUGUGGGGCUCCCACCUGCUGAGCCUUGAGGAGGCGGCCUACAUGCAGGACAUGGCCCGAGACCACUUUGAGAACAUUAUGCAGGUGCUCAAGGAGCUUCCACGGCCCAUGCUACUUGUGCUGCGUAAUAUCAACACUGUGCGUGCCACCAUUGCAGUGCUGGGCAACCCUGUUGACCGCUACUUCCUCAUGGCCAAGAGUGCUAUUCGAGGCUGGAGCCGCCUGGUGGGUGCAUCAUACCAGGGCAUCUACAGUAGCAGCCUCCUGCGCCACAUCAGGGUCGUCUGGGAGAUGCUCAAGUUUGAGGUAGCCCUGAGGCUGGAGACCUUGGCCAUGCGGCUCACCGCCCUCUUGGUUCGUGUUCUGGUCCACCUGGGCCUUCUACCCCAGACUGAGGAGCUCUACCAGUACCUGGAGACUUAAGCCCUGGGGCCAGGAUGACCACAGGGAAGCCUGGGGCAAGCAGGGCUUCCAGCCUCAGCAGACAGAGCUGGCCAAGGCCGGUGACACGGAUGUC